CAGCCCCUCGGAGCCCGCACCUUCAGGCGCUGGGGCCCACGUGAUCGCCCCUCCCCCGGCCUCCCAGUCGCGCGCGCACGGGCCGGGCGUCUCGGCUCCCGCGCGCGCUCUGCUGGUCCCAGCGCCCAGGCGGAGAAGCGGAGGAGGGAGGCAGCCAGCCCGGCGGCCGCAGGGAGCGGACGCGAGCGGCGGCUGCUGGACCGCCUGUGCAACAGCGGCGGCGAGGUUGGCGGUCGCCUAAGCCCCGGGAGCCAGGACGGCGCGGAUUCUGCAGCCGCCCAGUGUGAUGAAGCUGCCCUGCUUCGCUGCUCUGCUUGCCGCCAGCUGACACCGCCUGCACUCGAGCCUGCCCGGGGAGGGAGAAGCGGCGGGGCCGUGACCUUGGCCGAGGAGCGCGGACGGAUAAUUCCUGUUCUCCCAGCGCGAGCCGAGUGUGGGUGACAUGGCCCAAGGGAAUAGUUACGGGCAGACCAGCAACGGGGUGGCAGACGAAUCACCCAACAUGCUGGUGUACAGAAAGAUGGAGGACGUCAUAGCACGCAUGCAAGAUGAAAAAAAUGGAAUUCCUAUUCGAACCGUCAAGAGCUUUCUUUCCAAGAUACCUAGCGUCUUCUCUGGGUCAGACAUUGUUCAAUGGUUAAUAAAGAACUUAACUAUAGAAGAUCCAGUGGAGGCGCUCCACCUGGGCACCCUGAUGGCCGCGCACGGCUACUUCUUUCCCAUCUCCGACCAUGUGCUCACCCUCAAGGACGACGGCACCUUUUACCGCUUCCAAACGCCCUAUUUUUGGCCGUCAAAUUGUUGGGAGCCAGAAAACACAGACUACGCGGUUUACCUCUGCAAGAGAACCAUGCAGAACAAGGCAAGGCUGGAGCUCGCAGACUAUGAAGCUGAGAGCCUGGCCAGGCUGCAGAGAGCAUUUGCCCGGAAGUGGGAGUUCAUUUUCAUGCAAGCGGAGGCACAGGCAAAGGUGGACAAGAAACGAGACAAGAUUGAAAGGAAAAUCCUUGAUAGCCAAGAGAGAGCAUUCUGGGACGUGCACCGACCUGUGCCUGGAUGCGUGAACACCACCGAAGUGGACAUCAAGAAGUCAUCCCGGAUGAGAAACCCACACAAGACACGGAAGUCUGUCUAUGGUUUACAAAAUGAUAUUAGAAGUCACAGCCCUACCCACACACCCACGCCAGAAACUAAACCUCCAACAGAAGACGAGUUACAACAGCAGAUAAACUAUUGGCAAAUACAGUUAGACAGACACCGGUUAAAAAUGUCCAAAGUUGCUGAUAGUCUGCUAAGUUACACGGAACAGUAUUUAGAAUAUGACCCGUUUUUUGUGCCACCUGACCCUUCCAACCCAUGGCUGUCUGAUGACACUACCUUCUGGGAACUUGAAGCAAGCAAAGAGCCAAGCCAGCAGAGGGUGAAGCGGUGGGGGUUCGGCAUGGAUGAAGCCCUGAAAGACCCCGUUGGGAGAGAGCAGUUUCUUAAAUUCCUAGAGUCAGAAUUCAGCUCGGAAAACUUAAGGUUCUGGCUGGCAGUGGAGGACUUGAAGAAAAGGCCUAUUCGAGAAGUCCCCUCCCGAGUUCAGGAGAUAUGGCAAGAGUUUCUGGCUCCAGGAGCCCCCAGCGCCAUUAACUUGGACUCUAAGAGCUAUGACAAAACCACGCAGAACGUGAAGGAGCCUGGACGGUACACGUUCGAAGACGCUCAGGAGCAUAUUUACAAGUUGAUGAAAAGUGAUUCAUACCCACGUUUUAUAAGAUCCAGUGCCUAUCAGGAGCUUCUACAGGCAAAGAAAAAGUCGGAACGCUCAAUGGAUCGCAGAACAUCUUUUGAGAAAUUUGCGCAGAAUGUGGGCAGAAACAUCCCUAUUUUCCCAUGCCAUAAAAACUGUACACCAACAAUGAGGGCCAGCACUAACCUGUUAUGAAAAGAGGGGAAAUCCCUCACGUCAAAGAGAUUAACAAGUCUCGUUCAGUCUUACUAAAAGGAUCGCCCUGUAGCAUGGAAGCAGACUGAGUCAUUGCAUAUACUCUGUAGCUCUGUGUUGUCACCUGGAACAGAGGACCUUAGAACAAGAUGUUGCAUGAGCAAAGGACCUGAACUGUUCUUCCUCUGUGUGCCGCAAGGCAUCGCCCUCUGCAAGGGACUCCGCCAUCUCAAUGCCUCCAUUUCAAGACAUGGUGGUCUGCUCCCUUCUUCCUUGUACUAAGCCGGAUCUGUGUCUUUUCCUUUUUAUCAAGUUCAAGUGCAGUAAACCUUUUACUUUCCCCCCAACCCUUUCUCUCUCUUUCUCUUAAAGCUUCUGCUAAACACACGGCUCACCGAAAAUUCAGUCGGUGACAAACUGGAAGAAUUGUGAAAGGAAAAAAAAAAGCGUAUAUCAAUAAGUAUACAUAUGGCUUCACAUUUGCCGAUCAAUCAAGUAGCACAGGACGUUCCACUUCACCGGUGUAUUCGGAGUCAUAAACAAGCUCAUACCUUUGUCCGCUGUCUGUACAUGCUCAGUUAAUGUUUCUUGCAUUUAUUUUUAUACCGUAUUUAAAUAAGAAGCACCUUUUACUCCAAAUGGAUUAAAGUUGAUUCCUUCUCUGUAAAUUUGUGUAUGUUUAUAUCGUUGUUUUACCUUUCAUUAAAAGAUGCCAAAUCUC